AUGGGACUCCUCAGCGUAGACUUGCUGAUCACCCUACAGAUCCUGCCAGUCUUCUUCUCCAACUGCCUCUUCCUGGCGCUCUAUGACUCGGUCAUUCUGCUCAAGCACGUGGCGCUGCUUCUCAGCCGCUCCAAGUCCACUCGCGGAGAGUGGAGGCGCAUGCUGACCUCAGAAGGGCUGCGCUGUGUCUGGAACAGCUUCCUCCUAGAUGCCUACAAACAGGUUAAACUGGGUGAAGAUGCUCCUAAUUCCAGUGUGGUGCACGUGUCCAAUCCUGAAGCAGGUAACAAUUAUGCCUCGGAGAAGACCGCUGAUGGGGCAGAAUGCCACCUUCUUGACUUUGCCAGUGCAGAGCGCCCACUGGUGGUCAACUUUGGUUCAGCCACCUGACCACCUUUCACUAGGCAAUUACCAGCCUUCCGCCAGCUGGUGGAAGAGUUCUCCUCGGUGGCUGACUUCCUGUUGGUAUACAUUGAUGAGGCUCACCCUUCAGAUGGCUGGGCAGUGCCUGGGGACUCCUCUCUGUCUUUUGAGGUUAAGAAGCACCGGAACCAAGAAGACCGAUGUGCAGCAGCCCACCAACUCCUGGAGCGUUUCUCCUUGCCGCCCCAGUGUCAAGUUGUGGCUGACCGCAUGGACAAUAAUGCCAACGUAGCUUACGGGGUAGCCUUUGAACGUGUGUGCAUCGUGCAGAGACGGAAAAUUGCUUACUUAGGAGGGAAGGGCCCUUUUAGUUACAACCUACAAGAAGUCCGAAGUUGGCUGGAGAAUAAUUUCAGCAAGAUGAAUUCUAGAUUAGCUGGAUAA